AGCAGUAAUCAACGAAAAAAUCAUAUGAUGGCUACCAAGAGUCUGGUGGCCAGUCUUACAGAUGUGGGGUCCUACUCCUAUUCUGCCUUGUGUGCAGUAUCCCUAAGUCAGCUGUUUGAUGAGCAGGACAGUUCUUUUAAGAAGAAGACACUAGAGCAGAUCAUGAAGCAUCUAUGUCUGUCUAAGCAGGCAUCGGAGUCGAUCAUGGUGAUGAUGGAGGAUAAUUGCUGUGAUGACCCACGAGCUUUCGCUGAUUCCCUCCUGGAGGAAGAAUGUCUACAGAAGAAUGGACUUCCUGUCAUCACUGAUCUAGUAACACUAGCUGUCUGUAAUGGUCAUUAUGAUGCCCGGAUGAGAACUUUGAUAAAAUAUAUUGCCUGGCAAAUAAGGAUCAACUGGGACCAGGUAGAGGAUAUUGAGUCUUUGUUAGCUGAUUCACUGGAGGCCCGGGAAUAUAAACUGUCGGAGGAAGAGGAAAAAGAGAAAGCCAAAACAGAUAAGCGCAAGAAGAUAAAAAGAAUAGCUCUGAUUGGUUUAGCAACAGUUGGAGGAGGAACUCUGAUUGGAUUGACAGGGGGCUUAGCAGCUCCUCUAGUGGCAGCAGGUGCUGGGGCGAUUAUCGGGGGUGCUGGGGCAGCCGCUCUAGGGUCUACAGCAGGCGUGGCAAUCAUUGGGUCUCUGUUUGGGGUGGCUGGUGCAGGGCUAGGGGGAUACAAAAUGAAGAGGCGAUUUGGGGCUGUUGAGGAAUUUAAGUUUGAGCCAUUAAUGAUGGACGGAAAACAGCUACAUGUGACCAUUGCCGUCACAGGAUGGUUGUCCAAGGAAAUGCCAGACUUUAAGAUGCCGUGGCAGUCGCUGGCAGAGUCCCGUGAGCAGUACAGCCUGAGGUGGGAGACUAAGUACCUGAUGGAUCUGGGAGAAGCCUUCGAUUAUAUCCUUAAUGGAGCCAUGGGCAUGGCAACACAGGAGGCUCUCAAGUACACCAUUGUGUCUGGUCUUCUGACAGCCAUAGCCUGGCCCUCUGCUCUGUUGUCUGCAGCCAAUGUUCUAGAUAAUCCCUGGAACGUGUGUAUCCAGAGAGCGACAUCUACUGGGAAAGAAUUAGCUGAGGCACUACUGGCCAGACAGCAGGGAAAUCGACCUGUCACCUUGAUUGGAUACAGUCUUGGUGCUAGAGUCAUCUUCUCUUGUUUGGAGGAAAUGGUAAAGAGAAAAGGCUGUGAGGGGAUAGUGGAGGAUGUAGUUUUACUGGGGGCACCUGUUUCUGGGAGUGUCAAGCAGUGGGAGAAGCUGAGCCAUGUUGUAGCAGGCCGAAUUAUAAAUGGAUACACCAAGGGAGAUUGGCUGCUAAAGUUCCUGUUCCGAACUGCUAAUGUGCACUUCACAACAGUGGCAGGUCUAGGACCCGUCAAGUGGAAUAAUCGCCGCAUGCACAACAUAGACCUAAGUGAUGUAGUAUCUGGACACAGAGACUACAUGAAGCAGCUGCCAACUAUUUUGAAGGUUGUAGGGAUAAGAACCAAGGAAGCUAUGGUGAGAGGUAAAGUACCUCCCCAUAAACUCUUUCCCAAGUCUGAAAGCUGUGAUAGCUUCACUAGUAGUGAGGAGGAGACAGAGGAGGGACCACAGAGUAGUAAGGGGCACAGUGGGAAAGACUCAAAGUCUACCAAAAACCAGAGUGACCAGGGAGAGGAAGAGAAAAAAGAGGUGGAUCGAAGUGGAUACAAAGGGGCUGAGAUAGUGAAGAAAAGUGAAGGGGCCCAAGAAGAAGUCAGUACUGGUGGUGUAGAGGGUGAUAAAAGCAACAGCCAGUUAAGUUCUGAUGGAUCACUACCGGCAACUCAAGCAGGGACGGAUAGAAAGAACAGCAGUAAUACCAAGUCAGAGGAAUAUAUCAACUCAGUCUGUGAUAGAAAUAAAACAGAUAAAGGAGAUGUUAACUGUAAUAGUAAGAAUCAAGAAAACAAGGUGGAGCAUCCACCGAUUGAAAGCAGUGGAGAAGUGGAAAGCCAGGGUUCUAAAGAGAGAGCUCUUCCUGUUACUGAUUUACCAGAGACAUGUCAAUCUGGAGUCAAUAAUAAUGGUGCUGAUCCUGUCACUAGUAAACCUUCACAACUGUCUGUUAACAGCACAGAGGGGGAGAGGACCAACACCUAAAACUGAUUUAUAACUAAGUUGUAUGCAGAUUAAUUGUUUACACUUGUAAAAUAUACUACUGAUGCUGCAGUAGUGAUAUCGGCAGGUAAAACUUCUUGUUUUCAAUUUAUUUGCAUUAUAUUUUUUUACAUUUGAUGAAGAUUAUUCAGAUUUAUCCUUUGGAGUUCCCUAAGAAUUACCACUUUGAAAAUGUUUGCAAUUGGCUUUGUAUGCUAGAAAGGCUUGAAUGUCAUAGAUGUAUAGCAUAUUCUCCCAGUUACUUUUUCUACAGCUAUAUGUAUAAUAAAAAGACUGACAAGCAGAAUAUUGAAAGUAUCUCAACGAAUUAAUCAAAUAAGCAAUUUUUAUGUUAUACAUCAUGCAGAUCUAAUUAUGUAUUCCUUUGUUAAUGUAUCAGUUAACUUAUAGGUUAUUUUUGAAAU